AUGACAACAGAGAAGAGUUUUGUGGUUGAGGCUGAAAACUCACAGCAUCACCAACAGAAGGAAGAGGGAGAAGGAGCCACAAAUUCAGGCCAACAAGAAGCUCAUCUGGAGGAAACAUCCCAAACAGCAGCUGAAGGAGAGAAUCAGUGUGAGCAAAAGCUGGAAACAUCUAAUGGAGACACUCCCACACAUGAAGACUUGACGAAGAACAAGGAUCGGACUGCAGAAAGCAGGGGCCUCUCACGGCUGUUCUCCUCAUUUCUCAAAAGGCCUAAAUCUCAGGUCUCUGAAGACGAAGGAAAAGAAGUUGAGUCAUCUAAAGAGAAAAGUGAAGGAGGUCAGAAAGAGAUAGAAUUUGGUACUAGUCUUGAUGAAGAGAUCAUUUUAAAGGCCCCAAUUGCAGCUCCUGAACCUGAACUCAAAACAGACCCAUCUUUGGAUCUUCAUUCAUUAAGUAGUGCAGAAACACAGCCUGCACAGGAAGAACACAGGGAAGACCCGGAUUUUGAGACUAAGGAAGACGGAGGACUUGAAGAGUACCCUAACACAGAAGUGAAAGAAGAGAAUCCUGAAUCAAAAGCAGAAGGGGAAUUAAAAACAUCCCAGAAAUCAAUCAGAAGACACAGAAACAUGCACUGCAAAGUUUCUCUGUUGGAUGACACAGUGUAUGAAUGUGUUGUGGAGAAACAUGCCAAGGGACAAGAUUUACUUAAGCGAGUAUGUGAACAUCUCAAUCUUUUGGAAGAAGACUACUUUGGUCUAGCUGUUUGGGACAAUGCAACCUCUAAGACAUGGCUGGAUUCUGCCAAAGAAGUAAAAAAGCAGAUUCGUGGUAUCCCUUGGAAUUUCACAUUUAAUGUAAAGUUUUAUCCACCUGACCCAGCACAGUUAACAGAAGAUAUUACAAGAUAUUAUUUAUGUCUUCAGCUUCGGCAGGACAUAGUUGCAGGACGUCUGCCUUGUUCCUUUGCAACCUUGGCAUUGUUGGGUUCUUACACCAUCCAGUCUGAGCUGGGAGACUACGACCCAGAACUCCAUGGUGCCGAUUAUGUUAGUGAUUUUAAACUGGCUCCAAAUCAGACGAAGGAACUUGAGGAGAAGGUCAUGGAACUGCAUAAGUCAUACAGGUCCAUGACACCAGCUCAGGCUGACCUAGAAUUUCUGGAGAAUGCCAAAAAGCUAUCUAUGUAUGGAGUUGACCUUCAUAAAGCAAAGGAUCUAGAGGGAGUGGACAUCAUCCUGGGUGUUUGCUCUAGCGGCCUUCUGGUUUACAAAGAUAAGCUGAGAAUUAACCGAUUUCCCUGGCCCAAAGUGCUGAAGAUUUCAUACAAACGGAGCAGCUUUUUCAUCAAGAUUCGACCUGGAGAGCAAGAACAAUAUGAAAGUACCAUCGGAUUCAAACUUCCCAGUUACCGAGCGGCUAAGAAAUUAUGGAAAGUCUGUGUGGAGCACCACACAUUUUUCAGACUGACAUCUACAGACACCAUUCCCAAGAGUAAAUUUCUUGCAUUGGGAUCCAAAUUUCGAUACAGCGGCCGGACCCAGGCUCAGACCAGACAAGCUAGUGCUCUGAUUGACAGACCCGCCCCACACUUUGAGCGUACAGCCAGCAAACGAGCAUCCCGGAGCCUUGAUGGAGCAGGCGCUGAUUCAUCUGAACGAAGCCCUCGGCCCACCUCUGCACCAGCCAUUGCUCAAAGUCAGAUCACGGAAGGUAGUGUCCCAGGUGCACCUGUCAAAAAAGCAGUGGUCUCGAAAACACCAAAGGAAACAGUGAAGGCUGAAGUGAAAAGGGAAGAAAUGCCACCUGAGCAAGUGGAGCCCGAGCCCACAGAAUCUUGGAAGGUGGAAAAAACCCACAUCGAGGUCACAGUACCCACCUCAAAUGGUGACCAAACUCAGAAGGUUGCAGAAAAAACUGAAGAUCUGAUAAGAAUGAGGAAGAAAAAAAGAGAGAGACUAGAUGGUGAAAGCAUUUAUAUCAGACAUAGCAAUUUAAUGUUGGAGGACUUAGAUAAGAGCCAAGAAGAUAUCAAAAAACACCAUGCCAGCAUCAGUGAGCUAAAGAAGAACUUUAUGGAAUCUGUGCCUGAACCGAGGCCUAGUGAGUGGGAUAAACGCUUAUCCAUUCACUCCCCCUUCCGAACACUUAACAUCAAUGGCCAAGUCCCCUCAGGAGACGGAGUGAAGAAAAUCUCUAUCCUUCCCUCGGAAAGAAAGGUUGGUGGGCCAGAGACACAAGAACGUGCUCUGUUAGUACAGGAUGAAGAGAAAAGUAAAAGGCAAGAGAGAUCUACCGAAAGAGCCUUGCCCCAGCAAGAAAAUGAAGACAUUCUUCCCAAGGUUUCUAUUCCAAUACCCGAGGAUCACAAGUCUCUCAGAAAGUGCCACCUCUACUCUAGUACUUUUCCAUCUCCUCGUAUUCCUUUCAUGAUGUCUUUUCUCGUGGUCCUUGUAUUGGCUGUUUGGUGGUUGGUCUUUCUGUGAUCAGAAGGCAGGGUGCUCAUGACCUGAUGUGCUCAUCAGAAAUGUCAAGACUAAGACCAUUGAACUAAUGCCCUUACUUCUACUGUGUUAUCACCUGUAUCAUGCCCUCUCAUCUUGGUAGUUCACUGGCCUUGGGGAGAUCUUAUGAUCACUUUUCUGUCAAUAACAUGUUACUCUUCCUGGAUUGUGUCACUUGGAGUAUAAAGGAGUAGCAAUAGAUUGCCCAAGCCAGUUUUUUUGCACUGAGGUUUAACAAACCUUUGUGCUACAUAGACCAAUCAUAUUUAAACUAACGGUAGGUUGGUAUUUUCCCCAAAAGCUGUAACUCUCAUCCUGCAUGUUUAUUGUUGCUGUGCCCUUUUCCUCAAUUGUCACACAAAGCAGGAUACUCCUGAAACAUUUAAUGGAACACUUUCUUAAUUCUCUACAGUCAUUUGUGUGGUGUGGGCUCCUCAGUGCAGAGGGGCAAAAUUUGACUUGCUAACCUUUCAGAAGCCUUAAGAUGAUGCAUUUAAAUCUACAAAUCCCUUACCACUCCUUUUCUUGGGAUAUCAAACCAGUUUAUACAAAGACCUUUUCUGGAAAAGGGCUUUUGACUUCAGUGGCCUUUUUUUGAGUAUGUGUGAGAUGUGCAGGGCAGAUGACUGUUUCCUGCCUGAUGGGUGGAAGAGAUCUGCAAAGAUUAAAUACCAUCUUUUCACAAGUAGAGUGUUGGUACUUUAAGGAAAAUGGUGCUGGUGCCCCUUAGCUUCCAGCUAAGGCGGAAUUUCCCAGACUACUCUUCCUCCUACCCAUCUUUAAAGGCCCCGGAAUACAGAUUUAUUCAAGAUCUAUACAUAAACAUAUCCUUUUCAGAAUUAAAAUACUGCACAGCUUCUUUAUGACUUGUAAUUAUAUUGCUAGAAGCAAUACUUACUUAGCCAGUGUGACAAGCUUAAAAAUAUAUAUAUUUAUAUACUUUGUUUUCCUGAUGCACUUCAGACCUAUUUGUUUUUGUACUUUGUUUUGAAAUCAAUUGUUUUUCAUCAAUGGCCUUGUGAGCUAAAGUACUAUUUUACUGUGGUGACAAGUGUAUGUCCUCUGUUUGCAUGUUGACUUCUAAGGUUUCUCUGAAUGUAAAUAUGUGCGUGCUCUCUUUAGAACACAACUCUGAUACCUAACCAGUUUUGUUUUUUAACCUCAAUAUUAAUGAAACCUUGCAUGUAGCUUGCUUCCUCUUGCCCUUGAAUGUACCAAUAUGGAUGGGUGAUUUUCUUAAUGUGGUCUCCAGUAUUUGUUUUGAAAUCUAAGUUUUUAGCGUUAUCAAAAUGAGAAUUUGUACUGUGUUUUACUUCUUGAUGAUCUUUAGUCGUUGAAACUUCUCGGCAAGACUUGCUUUGGGGAAGAUGGCCUCUUAGGAAAAGAAAGAGCAGCAAAGCCAAGAUCUUUUGUCUUUUAGCAUCCGUCAUAUAGUUCCAUCAUCUCCUGAGACAUGUAGAAUGAAUUUUCCGGCAUUUCCUGAGAACUGCUACUCUAUCACUAUAGAUUUUUCUUUAAAAUUGGGAAAAGAAGCUAAAAUGUGCUUAUAUUUUAAAAUAUGAGUCUUUCGUGUCACAGGCUAUGUGUUUGUUUAUAGCAGGUAUUUUAUAAGAAAGCAUGUUUAUUGAUUCACUCAUAAUAAGAAAAUAAAAAACUCAAAUAGCUGGAAAUAUUGCAAAGCUAUUCUAUAUCACAGAAAAUGAUCAUCAUAAAUAUCCCUCUUUACCUGUGAAAUAGAGAGGUAAACGCUUUCCUUAAUGAAAUAACAAAUGAAAUUAUAGCAUUGGUUAGAUUUUGGGGUUGUUUUUUUUUAAGGAGUUGAAGAAGAAAUAAUCUUAGGAUUUUAUUGAUACUUUUAUAACUGUUUCAGAUUCUAUUUCCAGUUUUCAUCCUUGUACAUAGUUUUUUAUUCAUUACUGUUACAAACUUCAAUCAGGAUUAUGUAUCCAAUUACUUCACAAAUUCAUUGAAGUCUAGUCAAAGCCGUAAUUUUGGUUUCCAGUAGCUCAUCAGGAUUUCUCAGAGAUACUUAGCUCUGGCCUAAAAUAGAAGCCCCUUCCUCUUUGAAUAGGGUACGAGAGAAUAGCCAAUUCUUUGUGUUGAACUGAGCUGGCCAGUGCAGGCUCAAAAAAUAAGCCUAUCAGAGUUUUCAGAGGAAAAAUAUUGGACAUUCCAACUUGUAUUAAGUAAUAUUAGUGCUGCUGAUAUUUAUAAUAUAAAAUUAUAGUCUUGAUUUCUUUCUCCCACCUUAUUCUAUUAUCAAUACUAGAGACCUAAGUAACUUGAUUUUACCAUGAUUCAUCCUCUUAAUGGUAGAUUGAUAGGUAAAAAAUAAUUUGGACUAAAGAUAGUAAUGCAGACCAUUAAGAAGUUUUACAUACUUGCCUUGAUUUUGCUGUUCAUUCCAGUGUGAUUCUGAAAAGUUCACUUAACUAUUUGGUGCCCAGAUUUCCACCUAGUAACUAGAGACAAAUCUACCUCAUAAGCAUGAGUCUUGUAAUAUGGCCCAGGAACCAGAGGUUUUGGUUGACAGUUGAACAUCAGAUCAAUUCUUGGUCUUUUGGGAGCUGGGGUAAAAAAUAAUUAGCUUCUUAGAAUUUCUUAUUUAAAAGUAAACUGUGUUUCUUUUUCAUUUUGAAACUUUUAAUUAUAAGUUCGGUGAACAUUUACAGAGCAGAUUAUCAAUCAUUUUUAUAUUCCAUGGUCCAUACACAUUUGGUUUCAACUCUUUCCCUUCAAUGUACCAUUGCUUAUCUCACUUCCUCCUGUGUUUCCUAUUUCUGUCCUUCCUCCUUUCCCAACCCUUGGGUAAAUGCUGCCCUUUUGGUCUUCAGUGGUUGAUUAUUUUAACAUAGGGUUGAGUUCAGUUUCAGACCGGAGUGUGACUAAGGGCUAUAAUCUUCAGAGUUCUCUCCAUCUCUCUCUCUCUGACCAGUAAACCUGAUUGUUUUAUGAUUUGGGAUUUUGUUUUAUGCUUUUCUCCUGCACUAGCCAAUAUCCUUACUAAUGUGAUCUUUUUCAGAGCACUUGGUAGUGGUAGCCAAGUGCCUUCAAGUUCUGGUCUCAAUGUCACAGAGGCUGAUGUUUGUGUGGUUCAUUAGCCCAUUGGACUACAUGUUUCCAUAUGUCUUUCAAUUUGCCCUCAUUCUUCUUUUGUCCAGCCUGGGAGAGUUGUGCCUUAGAUGACUGUUCACGAGAGUAAGCUGUCUUUCUUUUCACCUCCUUCGUGAUAUUUGACCAAGCACUUAAAACAUUAAAUUUAAAAAUGUCUUUCCAAAUUCAUUCUACCUUCAAGCCAUUCAAUUUAUCCAAAUAGAAUACUUAGUUUAUUACUUGUUUACAUCCUUAGUAAAGGCUUUGAUUGGAAAAGAGAUUGACUCUGCUGGUUAGGAGCAGACUGGGGACUAUGUGGAUUUCAGUUAUCUGAACAGACAGACCAGCUUGGAAUGGAUUUCUAGUUGUCUUCCUGGAACCCAGUAUUUCUUUUUAUUAAUUACUAUUUUAAAUUUCACCCUGAAAUUGCUAUAGAUAAAGCAAAUUGGCUUUCUUCUCGUUCCCAAAUCACUUUUUAAAUAUUCCUUGCAGAAAAGUAUAUAGGGCACACUAGUCAGGAGAGGUUCAGUUUUGUUUUUUUUAAAGACUUUGCCAAUCAGAAUUUAUAUUUGGCUUUACCUAGUGGCCACAUAUUUAUAAAAGUAAGACAGAAAAGGCAAAGAUAGUGAGAUUCUGUCUAAGUGUUGCUUUUCCUCCCCUUCUUUCAUUGCAUUCAGGCUACCCUUGUUGUUUGUAAUUUUGGUACCAGAACUGGGGCAACUCCUUGUUCCCUAUUUCGUAUGACAUGAGGACUAACCAUAUCUGCCUUCUCUACAUUAUAUUGUAUGUAUGUUAUCAGUAAGAUCUUUCUCCGUUCUGUCGUUGUUAUCCCCUUGCCAUUUAAGGUCUCCCUUUUUCUGCAUCAGAAUGAAUGACACAAAAAGGGACACAUUUGUGCAGUGCUGGGAAGGGGUACAUGAAAUAAUUAAGAAGGCAUGAUGUUGGAGUGAGAAAAGUAAGAAAUGGCUGUGAUCAGCAAUUACCAAGUCAUAGAGAAUUUCAUGUGGUUAACUACAUUCCUAUCACUUUAGAACUUACAAGUCAAAAGAGAAGUAAUGGUUCCUGAUAGUAAGUAGUUCAUUUUUCCCACAGAUCAAAAUACAGGCUAAAAUUGGAUGAUAGAUUGUUGAGGAAAUGAUUACUUUGGGAAUACUUUUCUAUGUUUUUGUGACUGAUAUUCUAGAGAUCAGCAGAGCCCUCUUUAUUAUAGUCAGAAUUCGUUGUGGAUAACAAUAAAUAGAUCUGGUGUUUCAAAGAUUAAAAGAGUGCGAAGACGUAAAGUUCCAAAGUUCCAGCUAUUUUCUUGUCCUCCCUACCCUCCAAACAGGAACAACCAAUAAAGGAUUCAGUUCA